AUGAAUUCAGGUCGUCUUCAGGAAUACGAGGUCAUCGGGCGCCACCUGCCCACCGAGGCUAACCCUUCCCCCGCCCUCUACCGCAUGACCAUCUUCGCUCCCAACGAGACGGUCGCCAAGUCCCGAUACUGGUACUUCUUGCGUGGUCUCAAGAAGGUCAAGAAGGCCACCGGUGAGAUCGUCAGCAUCAAGGUGCUCCACGAGAAGCACCCUCUUAAGGUCAAGAACUUUGGCAUCUGGAUCCGAUACGACUCUCGUUCCGGCACGCACAACAUGUACAAGGAGUACCGUGAGCUGUCCCGAACAGAUGCCGUCGACUCCCUCUACUCCGACAUGGCUGCCCGCCACCGUGCCCGCUUCAGGUCGAUCCACGACCAGAUCCUCCGCGUCGUCGAGCUCGAGAAGACCGAGGAUGUCAAGCGACCCUACAUCCGCCAGCUCACUCAGAAGGGCCUGAGCUUCCCUCUCCCCCACCGAAUCACCAAGGAGAACACCAAGAAGGUGUUCAGCGCGAAGCGACCAUCCACUUUCGCUUAG